AUGGAUGGGCAUGAGAAGCUUAGGUACGAGGUCAAUCACUUUUUAUCAAGAGCUGGUCAAAAUAGCUGGGAAUCGAUGCUUCAGCAAGUGGACUCAGACGAAGUCAUCGUGGGUGUCACACCAGUUACGGAUCGAAUGAAUCGUCCAGCUAGACCGCGUGAUCGCAAAGAGUACGAAGUUGGUCAGGUACGCUGGACAUACAUCGUCGAGACUAGUUCUGAUCCCGGCCUGAUCAACAACGGCGGUGACCAGGCAAUCCGGACUAGCGAGGGCCUGAUGCUAGGAAAAUGGCGCCCCACAGUGGUCGUUCGUGUAGACAAACAAUACUGUGUAGUCGCAGAGCUGGGUCGUCGACGUCGCCAGUAUCUUGACGGACUCUCACUGAGUGACCUUCUGGGCCGCUGUGGCGUCGCUCUGGACCUCAACUACAGCCACGACUACGAUACUCUUUCCGAAGAUCAUCUUUUGUUCCGCUCUGUCGCAAAACCGCUCGAAAUUGGUGGCUACGAGGAUGACGACUUCCAACUAUCAGGGUGGAGUGUAGUACAGCCAGGUCGUCUCCAUACCCUAGGAUUCGACGACCAUUCCCUUCCAUGCGGCUGGCUAAAGGCGGAAUCGACAGAGCAGUUGUUGGCAAUGCAGGCACAGAUGUCUAAAUUGCGAGCGAUUGUAGAAUCGCGAUACGACCGAAAAUUCCUGCGAGCGCCGCUUCCCUCCAGGCUGACUCCAGAGCAGCGAACAGCGCUAUCACACAUCAAGGAUGUAUAUCGACGACUACUUUCUCCUCCCGCCCAGACAACUAGUACCUCCUCGGGACAGACAUCAAACCAACAAGAUGAUCUCGAAGAGUUCGAAGCGCUGGUGGAGGGCAACCGUCGCGCUAUCGAGGCAGUUAACGCACCACCUCUGGUGGCUAGUGAGCCUGUUGAGUCCAAAUUCUCCAUCCCCGACAAUGGCCGCGGCGUAUCACCCUCUUCAAUAAUACAGAAAGCGAAAUCUGUUUCUCAUGCAAACUGGAAGUCUGCAGCAGCAGCUGUUUGCCAGAAGGAGGAUAUGCUUUACCAGGCGAAAGAGGAGUAUGAGACGGUCGAAGCUGAUCGGUGGUCAACUACUGGCGAGCGGAGGAACCUAAAGCGCAAGCGGGACGAUGUCGAGAUGGAACUUGAAAUUGCACAAGUUCGUGAAAUGAGCUACAAGAAGCUUCACAGGGACGUCAGAAGUUUCCAGGCGAGCCAGUAUCGUGGCCAGGACAAGGAGAUAAAGCUGUGCAACACUUUGACAAGCGCAUUUUCGAGGGCCCAGCUAGAGACUCGCAGGGCCAAGAACCGUCUUGAUCAACGUCGGCGCACUCCACUCCCUUAG